CACGCAGCAGCUCUUACAUUCACUCUCUUUACAAGAAUCUCUCCCAGCUGCAACGCGUACACCGCUAGACUCUCAGUAUGUCGGCCGAACCAGACUACAAGGCUCCCAAGCCAGAUCUCUCAAAGGACCCCUCAGGUGCUGAGCGCAAAGAUGCCGAUGAGACAGCAACGGCCAUUCUCAAGAAGAAGAAGAAGCCCAACUCGCUGAUCGUCACGGAUGCCGUCAACGAUGACAACUCGAUUAUCGCCCUCUCAAACAACACCAUGGAGACGCUGCAGCUCUUCCGCGGUGACACUGUCCUCGUCAAGGGCAAGAAGCGCAAGGACACAGUACUCAUCGUACUUGCCGAUGACGACCUCGAUGAUGGGUCAGCGCGGAUAAACCGAGUUGUUCGCCACAACCUGCGGGUGAAGCACGGCGAUGUUAUCACCAUCCACCCUUGCCCGGACAUCAAAUACGCCAAGCGCAUUGCAGUUCUCCCUAUCGCAGACACAGUCGAGGGCAUCACCGGCUCGUUAUUCGACGUCUUCCUCGCCCCAUACUUCCGCGAAGCAUACCGACCUGUGCGUCAAGGCGACACCUUCACAGCGCGUGGUGGCAUGCGACAGGUCGAGUUUAAGGUCGUGGAGGUCGACCCACCAGAGUUCGGUAUCGUUGCGCAGGACACAGUCAUCCACUGCGAGGGCGAGCCGAUUCUGCGUGAAGACGAGGAGGGCAACCUCAACGAGGUCGGCUAUGACGACAUCGGUGGUUGCCGAAAGCAGAUGGCACAGAUCCGCGAGCUCGUCGAGCUGCCGCUGAGACAUCCUCAGCUCUUCAAGUCCAUCGGUAUCAAGCCCCCACGUGGUAUUCUCAUGUACGGGCCUCCUGGUACUGGUAAGACGCUGAUGGCCCGUGCCGUCGCCAACGAGACCGGUGCUUUCUUCUUCCUGAUCAACGGCCCCGAGAUCAUGUCGAAGAUGGCUGGUGAGUCGGAAUCCAACCUGCGAAAGGCCUUUGAGGAGGCAGAGAAGAACUCUCCCGCGAUCAUCUUCAUCGACGAGAUCGACUCGAUCGCACCCAAGCGUGACAAGACCAACGGAGAGGUCGAGCGCCGCGUUGUCUCCCAGUUGCUCACCCUCAUGGACGGCAUGAAGGCCCGCUCGAACGUUGUCGUCAUGGCCGCCACCAACCGACCGAACUCGAUCGACCCUGCCCUUCGUCGUUUCGGCCGAUUCGAUCGCGAGGUCGAUAUCGGUAUCCCCGACCCAACUGGGCGUCUGGAGAUUAUGCAGAUCCACACCAAGAACAUGAAGCUCGGCGACGAUGUCGACCUUCAGACAAUCGCUGCUGAGACGCACGGUUACGUCGGUUCCGAUUUGGCGUCCCUUUGCUCCGAGGCUGCCAUGCAGCAGAUUCGUGAGAAGAUGGACCUGAUCGAUUUGGAUGAGGACACCAUCGAUGCCGAGGUUCUCGACUCGCUCGGUGUCACAAUGGAGAACUUCCGCUUCGCUCUCGGUAUCUCCAACCCCUCAGCUCUCCGUGAGGUCGCUGUUGUCGAGGUUCCCAACGUCCGAUGGGAGGAUAUUGGUGGUCUUGAGGAAGUCAAGCGCGAGCUCAUCGAGAGCGUGCAGUACCCCGUGGAUCACCCCGAGAAGUUCCUCAAGUUCGGCAUGUCUCCUUCGCGAGGUGUGCUCUUCUACGGUCCUCCCGGUACGGGUAAGACGCUGCUCGCCAAGGCUGUUGCCAACGAGUGCGCCGCCAACUUCAUCUCGAUCAAGGGCCCUGAACUGCUCUCUAUGUGGUUCGGUGAGUCUGAGAGCAACAUUCGCGAUAUCUUCGAUAAGGCCCGUGCCGCUGCACCUUGCGUUGUCUUCCUCGACGAGCUGGAUUCCAUUGCCAAGUCUCGUGGUGGGUCUCAAGGCGACGCUGGCGGUGCUUCCGACCGUGUUGUCAACCAGCUUCUCACUGAGAUGGAUGGUAUGACAUCGAAGAAGAAUGUUUUCGUCAUCGGUGCCACCAACAGACCCGAGCAGCUCGACAACGCUUUGUGCCGACCAGGUCGUCUCGACACCCUUGUCUACGUCCCUCUGCCCGACCAGGCUUCCCGUAUCAGCAUCUUGAAGGCUCAGCUCCGCAAGACACCUGUUGCUGACGACAUCAACAUUGAGUACAUUGCGUCCAACACGCACGGCUUCUCCGGUGCCGAUCUGGGCUUUGUUACCCAGCGUGCCGUCAAGCUCGCCAUCAAGCAGUCCAUCUCGCUGGACAUUGAGCGAAGGAAGGAGCGUGAAGCCGCUGGCGAGGAUGUUGAGAUGGAGGAGGACAUUGAGGAUCCCGUCCCCAUGCUCACCAAGGCCCACUUCGAGGAGGCGAUGCGCUCAGCACGCCGAUCCGUGACGGACGUUGAGAUCCGCCGCUACGAGGCGUUCGCACAGUCGAUGAAGAACUCUGGCGGCUCGAGCUUCUUCCGCUUCCCCGACGCGGAACAGGCGGCUGCGGGUGAGGCGAACACAUUCGGCAAUGCUGGAGAGGACGAGGAUCUGUACAACUAGGUGGGGCAGAGUUGGAUUCUUUAGUGCAUAUGAGAUUCACGAAAGCAUGGCUUGGUUUGGCGCUUUUUCCAUGCCCCAGGCUAUGCUGCCUGCUUGCUCUUUCGGGUUAGAUGGAAGAGUAAUUGCGGGCUGGCGCUUUAUGGGGGCAGCCUGACGGGUGAUGGGUAUGGGUA